AUGAUGGGCUCUGACUAUGGAGGCGGUCUGACUGCUGGUGACCGAGUCCACGGGCAUCCCCCGCCGGCCAGCGAUGGCGGCUACCAGCUUGACGGCGAGCGACGAAACAUGACUCCAAGCCCGAUGCAACCGAACGGACAAUACACGCCAUACCGACCCCCAGGAUCGCCUGCCCCCAGCGCGGUGCCAAGUGCCCACAGCGACCCAAGACGGAGCAGUGAGCGGAACAGGUCCAGGGGACGAAGUGGCAGAACACCCAGCGGGACGCUUCGCACAUGUGCAAAGUGUGGUGAGCCUCUGACGGGACAAUUUGUGCGGGCCUUGGAGGGAACCUUCCACUUGGAUUGUUUCAAGUGCCGGGACUGUGGCCAGAUCGUGGCAUCCAAGUUUUUCCCAGCAGAUGACGAAGAGAAUGGCGGCCAGUACCCAUUAUGCGAGACGGAUUACUUUCGACGACUGGGUCUAUUAUGCUACCAAUGCGGUGGUGCUCUUCGUGGAUCCUACAUCACCGCCCUCGAUCGGAAGUACCACGUCGACCACUUUACAUGUUCCCUUUGCUCAACUGUCUUUGGGGCCCAGGAUAGCUACUACGAGCACGAUGGGCAUGUCUAUUGCCACUACCACUACUCGACCCAGUUUGCUCAGCGAUGCAAUGGCUGUAAGACUGCUAUUCUGAAGCAGUUUGUCGAGAUCUUCCGCAAUGGUCAAAAUCAGCAUUGGCACCCCGAGUGCUAUAUGAUUCAUAAGUUUUGGAAUGUUAGGCUCACUUCACCACAAGAAUCAGAUGAGCCUCGCCCAGAGCCAGCAGACGCUGAAAGUCGGGAUCUCAUACGACUGGAAGAGGAAGCUAUGGAAGAAAAGGUCUACCGCAUCUGGAGUGUCCUAUCGACAUUUGAAGAGUCAUCUGCUGCUUGCAUCUCCGACAUGCUACUUCAUGUCAGUAACGGUGCUUAUAUCGACGGGGUUUUCGUGGCGAAGAAGUUCAUCCUUCACGUGGAGAUUCUGUUCAAAUCUGCCGACAGACUUGAUGGGACCAUGAAGAAGUCUGAUAUGAAGGGGUUGUCAUAUGGACGAGAGGCAAAACUACUAUGCAAGAAGAUCGUCUCCUUCUUCUCCUUACUUUCAAAAACCCAAGACACGGGUGUGCGGAAAGUGGGAGUCACCCAAGAACUGUUGUCUCUUGUCACGGGACUUGCACACUACCUGAAGCUGCUCAUCAGGAUAUGCCUCCAGGGAACACUCAAAAUCGAGAAAGAAAACAAAAGCUCGGAUGCAUUGUAUCAGUUCCUUGACGACCUCAGCAUACUCGACUCCAUGAAGAACGAUGACGACUCCUCACAGAUCACCCUAGGCAUGUCGAGGCUGUCAGCCAACGAUUCAGACCAAUGUACGCUGUGCCGGAAGCCCAUCGAGAACGAAUGCGCCGUGAGUGGUGACAGCAGAUGGCAUCUAUCUUGCGUGAAUUGCUCGCGGUGUGGAAAUGAGCUCGGGAAGGCUUUGUUGGAUGAAGCCGGGGUGCACCGAGAUCAAAAGAUCUACUGCAUACAAUGCGAAACACAGAUUGGAGAGCAAGGGCAGCCCCUCGAGCAGAUAUCAAAGCUCCAACAGUAUAUUUUCCUCCUGAAGGUAGCCUUGGCGCGCCUAUUGGAGAUCCUCCGAAGCAGUGGCGCACUUCCAGAGUCUGCAGACGAUCCUAAUGCCGAGUCAUACACCUCCGCGGAUGGCCGCAGACUUUCCAUGGACACCACUCCAGCAAUGCUCAGCUCGGAUUCUCGGUCUAGGUCAGACACUGGCGAGCUAGAGCGUCACCAGAGAGAGUCGUCCUAUGAGAGCACUCUCAAUGAUGUGCGCAGGUUAAGAAGCACGCGUCUAGACAAGCACUUAUCAUCUAGCCUUAGGAAGGCUCGGACAUCGAGAAUCAUGGACGGGCCCGAGGGUCGCCCUGGGUCUGCUGGUGCGGGUGGAGGCCCACGGAACAGGGCCCUACAGAUCGACGAGGAAGGAGAGGCCGGAUCGGGCACGACGGAGCAAUACUUUGGACAUCAGGAUGCCCUGACUCUUGACGACAUUCCCCGGAUUGUUGCGGCCGAGCAAGCUCGAGAACAGCAGCCCACUAAGAGUGCGCGCCAAGAGUUGUUUCGGUCGGCCGCCACGGAGCCUUCUUUUGGCGCAGGUCAUCAGAGGAAUAUGUCUGGAGGACGAGAUGCCGACCUCAGGCCUCUGGGCGAACAGAAGGGUGGCCGGAAAUUCUUCUCCGAGCUGUCUGGUCUGGAAUAUUUCAUCGUUCGUCAUGUCGCAGUAUCCGCCAUGCAACCGAUGCUCGACCCUGAAUUUACACUCGAGGAACUGCUCGGUCUUAUCGAAGCACGAAAGGCCACGUUUUGGAACAAGUUUGGCAAGGCGUUCGGCAAGAACGACACUCGCAAAGUCGGCAAAAAGAAGGGCGUCUUCGGUGUUCCAUUGGAGAUCAUCGUUGAACGAGAUGGUGCCGACUCUACUGACGGUGUCGGGCCCGGUGCUCUCCGCAUACCUGCAAUUGUGGAGGACACGAUCAUAGCCCUCAAGAACAAGGAUCUCUCGGUCGAGGGUGUCUUCCGGAAGAAUGGCAACAUCAAGAAACUUACGGAGCAGGUUGCAGCAGUGGAUAGAGAUGGCUGCGAUGCCAUCAGGUGGAACGACGAAACACCUCACCAACUCGCAGCACUUCUCAAGCGGUAUCUACGCGAACUGCCGGAUCCGCUUAUGACACACAAGCUCUAUAGCCUGUGGGUAGCAGCCACGAAGAUGAAAGACCCCGAUAAGAGGCGGCAGUGUCUGCAUCUGACCUGUUGUCUGCUCCCGCAAACCCACCGGGAUACCUUGGAAGUCUUGUUCAGUUUCCUCAAGUGGGUGGCUACUUUCCACCAAGUUGACGAGGACACGGGCUCCCGAAUGGAUGUCCACAAUCUAGCCCGUGUCAUAGCGCCCAACAUACUAUUUCCCAACACCAAGGCUCCGAGCUUUUCGGACGAGCCAAUGAUAGCAGUGGCCUGCGUGGAAGAGCUGAUACAAUACAAUGAGGACAUGUGCAUGGUUCCAGCUGAGCUCAUGGACUUCCUCAGUGAUUCGACCUUGUUCGCCCACAACGGUGAGAUCACUACAAAGGAGAUCCUCAAGCGUAUUGAAGGUCGCUCUGCCAAUGGUGGCGCGAGGCAGUACGACAACACCGAAUUUGUUGGCCGGCAAGAUAACAAAAGACCCAUGGCCACCCGAGUCGAUACAGAUCCCGCACUGUGGCAGCAGGCCAGCAGCGUACGUCCCGUAAUGCCGGAGCCAACAGUUCCAUUCACCACGGCCCAAGGGACGCCGCCGCAGAAAUGGCGGAAGCCCGGCAACGGCCAACCGCCUUAUACGAACCAGCCCGAACGCAAUGACAACCAACCGGCGCCCCCUGAGAAUGGCCAACGUAGGGAGUGGCGCAACUCGGGGCUGGGUCCUAGGCCGAGCAAUUCUGUGACGACUGGCACGGAAGGGUGA